GAAUUUGGUUGACCCCUCAGUGCGCGUUAUUCGUUUUGACUACGGAAUCUGUAUAUUUUGUUUUUGUUGGUUAGAUGGUAAUCUAUGGACCUUUGAACCACAUUUUGAAAGAGGUCGUCUGCUUCCCAUUAUGAGCAGUGUUCGACCGAUCUCUUUCACAGCUGCAAAAUUGCUAUGGGACCCAGAACUAAAUCCAUCUUGUCGAACUCCUUUGUAUCGAGUUGAUGGCAUUGUAGAGGGGCGAAACGAACCAGAUCCAGAUCCAGUAGUUGAUCCCAGACGCCCUUUGGACUUUAGAAAUUUUUGCAAGAAAGCGGUUGUCGAUCUUCCGAUCCCGAGUUUCAAGAUUGACUUAUAUUACGUGGGUGAAAAACCAGAAAAAGAGGUCACUUUCUCGAAUCUUAAUGAUAACAUCACAUUUAAGAACCUAGAAGACAUGUGUCGUAAAUUCGGUACGAUUAUAGAAGCUAAAAUCUACUAUCAUCCAAAAUCACAAUGCCACCUUGGUAUCGGAACCGUUGUAUUUACAUCCUCUAAAAGUGCAAGAGCUUGUGUGGAACAUCUUAACCAGACAUCAAAGAUGGGGAAUAUAAUGACCGUACAGGUGGAUCCUUUUGGUAAAAUUAGAGUCCGGUUGAUUGCUGAACAAAUGGCUGAUCUCCUGCCUUCAAACUCUUGUGAUCAAUUCCAACUUCCAGAAAAACCUUUUGCUAAUCAGAUACACAGCCACAUACCUUCUGAUUUCUCAUCACAAGGUUCCUCAAAUUGUGAAGUUUGUCCACACAAUCCCACUCCACGUCAGUCUCAUACAUCCGCAAAUCUUAGCGAUCACAAAGCGGUUGAAACUUUGCCACAACCGCAUUGCAUGACAACGUUCAAGUCUCACCUGUUUUUCAAAGCAUCUGAUAAACAGGAAUCGGACUUAAAAACACAUUUACGUCCUGAAAAGUCGGCAUGUGUUCUGAACAACGAUGAUAUUUCAGAAAUAUCUUGUGCCGCGACCCACUGGCAUCGAAAAGCUCCGUCUAAUUCAAAUAUUGGCAAAAGUACUUCAGGUUUUUUAGUAGACCAACAUACAAUGGGACUUGAAGCCAAUACAUGUGUUUCUAAAAAGCUUUCUAGCCAACAAGAUGAUGCAAAACUUCAUGUGUCCCGUUAUUGCGAAGAGUCUCUUGAAGCUCGCAUACAAAAAUUGCUUAAACUGAAUUGUGUAAAACCAGUUCCUGAGUUAAAACAUACUCAGAAUACCCCAGUCGUUUCAGAUCAUAACUCGAAAGUCACUUGCAAUCUUCCAGUAUCUUCAGAAGCAUGUAUUUCGACCAAUGUACGUAUCAAGUCGGAUGAUUUAAAACGGUUUGAAAGCCCUUCAAAUCAAGUGGUUCAGAAGGGAAGCACGCCUUCUGAUUCAUCGAAAAAUAUACGAGUAGUAACAAGCCCGUCAUCUAACCGUCGCACACUUUUACCUACUCCUGAUGGGUCACUUGAGAAUACCAAGACUUCUUUGUUCAACCUUCAUCGUCCGCCCCUCCUAAAAACUCCUUACAAACCAGUGGAUGUUCAAGAAGUGAUAAAAAUAAUCGAUGACGUUCAUAUGAUUUUUGUGGAUGAGUUACGAGGAAUCAUACAUCGGGAUAUAACCCGAAAGCUUGUUGAAGGUCAGGCAUUUAAAUUAUUUUCCGAUUGGUGGGAUUCGAGAGAACAAGACUACAGACAAAAUCAUGUCAGUAGUCAUCACAAUACUAAAGAGGAGAGUGUGGGUAGUAAUUAUGUAGACCAUCCAACCACAUCUCAUGAUUCUACCGUUCCAUCACAUCAGAACCAAAGUGCUAGUGGGAAUAUGUCUAACUUUUCAUUUGCUCCUACUUCAGUUUCUUCUAGUAUUCCUGUAUCAACUAUGUCUGACAAUAAUUGUGUAUCUUCAAACUUUAAACUUUUUGGUUUGGGUAUGUUUACAACCUUAAGAUCUGCUUUGCCAAAAAUUAAACGCAAACCUCGUCCACCUAGUCCUGAACCCAUAAGUUCAAACACAGUAGCUUCCACAUCAAAGACUGAGUCUCUUGCUAUCUGUCAAGAUGAACAAAAUGUAAAUUUUCGGAGUAAAACUGAAUUAAAGCUAAGAGGAUCUCCUUUUUGGGAAAGCCGUGGUUCUCUAAUACAAAAAGCAAGUGACAUAUCAAGUUCGGACGAGAACAAUGGUGAAGUAAAUAUUCGUGGUAAAAUCUCUGAAUCUUCAGGUAGUGAAAGUUCCACGGAACAAGCAGAUCAAGUGACUACUGAUCGUGUACGAGACCUUUGCAGCUCAAAAGAACAUCAGGAUAGGCAUAGAUAUCAUCACGUUAGAAGACGCUCUGGAACUUCCAAGUCAAAUGACAAGUGUGAAUACGUUCGAUCACAGUCUAAAUUCCCUUCAAAAUCAAGCCAUUCUCCUGAAAAUAUUCGUACAAGCGAUUAUACUUCAUCAGAUAAUGAUAGCGAACUCAUUUCUCCUUCAAAAUCUUUUCAGCAUAUUAAGUCGCGUAGAGAACAUGCGCGUGUUUCAGAUGUAUUUUCCAAAAGUGAUUCGAAAAGUCCAGUUGGAUCGAGUUUACCAUCUGAUAGUGAAAGUUCGGACCUAUCAACUGAACCACAAAAUAACCCCGAUGAAGCUCGAAGAUUUACAAAACCUUCACCGGAUGAACUUUCUGAGAUUUCAGAUUUUAAGUCAGACUCCCCUAAUCGUGGUCGUUUAUCACUUGUAGAAACUUCACACUUUGAAUCUACGCGAAACAGAAAUUCCAAUGAUUCACUUUCUUCACCUAUUUCUUCACAACCAGAGAGUGCAUUGGAUUCCGAAGAAAAUGAAGAUACAGAGCUAACGGUCGUUGGUAAAAUCCACAAACCUGAGAAAUGUACUGCCUUCCAACGAUCACCUGUCUCCAAACCUGUUUGUCCUAUUCAAGAAGUUCAACGCAGAAGAGGUCGACCACGAAAGAACAACCAAUUGUCACAUAAAUAUUCAUCUAAUUUCAGUCCACAAAAAGAGACAUCUGGUUUUGAAGACUCUUUGGUUUCUACAGAAUCUAGUUUUGAAGACGAUAUGUUUAAGACAAAUGAUGAUAGUUCUCGCGAUUUCUCUACUUGUGAUAAUAUUCCUUCAAAAGUUAACCAAGUGAAUCAUCAAUCAAACACCGAUUGGUCUAUAUUACGUGCAUCUUUGGAGUUCCAAUCUUCAGAUUUUCCUACUAUUCCUUUGACAUACAACUCUCAACCAUCUGGAGGUUCACGUAGAAAACAGAAUCUUGGUGGCUUAUGCAGAAACAAUAUGGCCUUGUCAACUAUUGAUCAAAAAAAUAAAUGUACAUCAUUUCCAGACACUGACAUUCCUCAGAAAAUGAGUUUGAUCUCUGAUCAAAAACUCCAUAGAUAUCCUUUAUACCAUUCUCCAGGAUUUCCUGUAUCAUCAAGGGAUCGUGAUAAUUUGAAGCUAUCUGAAAAAAAUAUAAAGUCGGAUGAUUUAGAUGGAGAUAGUACGGAUAGUGCUUCAAUGGAAUCUGUAGAUAUUGUGGAAACUGUGGAGUGUAAAUAUAUGUGGCCUGAACCCCUCCUUACCGAGCAUAAUUAUUUUCGUGUUCCUGAAAUUGGAUCUGUCAUUCAUUAUCGAUCUACUAGGAAAGUAACUAAACACAAUUUAAAGUCAAAGGAUAGUUUCGUCGACAGUCAUUUGACCACAGCGGACAAUUUACGAAAACGCUCUUGGCCAACAGACCCUACGUACAUUAGUGGCGGCGUCAGUGAUGAUGAUUCCCAUGAUUCUUCUAAGUGGUUCAAACUGUCGAAGCGUUCGAAUGUUUCAGAGUUAAGAAAUGAAGAGGUUACUGGAAGUUGUAAAGCUGACUUAAAAGCAAAUCAGCUUUUGACAGAGGAGAAUAAGAAGCCAAAAUAUAUUGGAGCGAAACCUGAAACUUCGAAAGUUCGUGGGUCACGUGAACUGGCCAGUCUUUUAGCACCAGUACCUAAAUCCGAAAUUCGUCGUGUUAUGGAAGAAUCUUGCGGUCUACUGAAAGAAGACAUUUACAAACGUAUGUCUGGAGAGCGAGGUUUUUCUCGAUCACAACCACAUUUUCAACCAAGGUCGGCAUCUGAAGAAGAUUACAUCCUGAGGAGUAUUCUCGUUUUUGGUAUAGAUGCAGAAGAUCUUAGUUUUAUGUGUGAAGCCUAUCAAUUUCUGCUAAGCAAAUGCCAUUCACCAUUAGAUGUCACUACAUAUGAUAAUUUCAAACAAGACAAUUUUUAUAUGAACGCUAAAGUCGUUGAUCCUCGUGUUGUAAAUAUUAUAAGCCUUUCACAUUGGGUUGAGCAUCCGCCUACCCUUGCCGCUGAUCCCAUUACUGUCAAAACACACGUUAAUGAUAGUGGACAUCUUGUUAAUUCACGCAAUUUGUGGUCAGGUCGACAGAAGCAUGAGCGUCAACGAUAUCAAUACAAAUUUUUGUGUUCUAAGAAUUCCACAUCCAAAUUAUCUUCUGUUCACCAUAAAUCCUUUGCAAGAUCAUCUGAUUCAGAUGACCUUUAUUCCUCUUUAUCUGAUCAAUCACUAAAUCACUCUUCUGAUGAAAAAUACAAAAAGGAUUUGAGCAACAGCUCAGUAUGUAAAAAGGAAUGUUCUCCCACUUACUCACCUGUAAAUACUUCAUAUAAUCAUAAACUAAGACUCUCCUGGCCUAAGUUUGACGACCAAAUACUGGCGGUAGCGAAUUAUGCUGCUUCUUUAAAUGAGAAUGUUGAUACAGUUGGAGAUAGUGUUGAUAUUCACCUUGGUCCUGCAGCCUGUUUACCGCCAAUCCAUUCAUCAGGGUCAGCUCGAACACAGGGCUAUUACCGAAUGCCUACUGAAGAAAGAUUUCGACGUCCUUGGUGUGUCGGUCGAAGUUUAAUUGGAGAAGACGGUCGUCGUCGCCCUAUUCCCUUAAUGCCUGCAACUGUGCAAGCACAGCUUGGAGGUGAUGCAGCAUUACAAGGUACCCAUCGUUCUUUAUCAAUUUUUAUAUACAUUUUUCAUUUACAGAGAUAUCAUUCCAUGGUGAAAAACUAUGUAAUCGGAGGUUCCCUUAGUUAAACCUUCAGACUCUUGUAUUUGCGAAAUAACACAAUCUAUACAUUAAGCACUUGAUAAAUACAGUUCAGUAAGUAGAUCUGAAGAGGUUUCAAAUCCUAUAUAAAGGAGAACGAUCCAUCAGUUUUGAGUACUCCUCAUCAUUAAUUAACAUAGUCUGGACAAAUAUUAGGAGCCCAAAGUCACCAAACCAUCCUUUCAUCCCAAUUAUUAAUUCUUCUGGGUUAUUAUAUCUCCAUUCUCUUCUCUUUUUUAAUGAGAACUCAAACCGAACAUACUGAUAGUCAUCUCUUUUAUAAGAUGAUUACCCAAUAAGCCUUAGACGUACAUUUCUUUUACGUCAACAUUUUUACGACGUAAUUGUCGUUUACCUGCAAGUUUUAACAAUUUAUUUAGGGUUCAUCUCACUUAUAUUAUAUAUUACUCAAGUCAUGUCAUUUCAUGCAUUAUAUGGUUCUUUGAUGAAACAUUUAUUUUGGUUAUGUUUUUAUUUAUCGCACUAUCUGAUAUUUGUAUGUAUUUCUAUUGUUAGUUUAGCAAUUUCCCUUAAUCUUCAACUCGAUUCAAGUAUACACUAUAUGCAAUUCAUUUCAGCGUUAACAAAUGCUUAUUAACUUAUUUUGCUAGACAUCGUUCACAUAUUGUAAACCAGACAGUCUUAUUUUUUUCUUGUAGCUCACAGAAUCUUGUUCUUCAGUUGUCAGUUUACAGUUAUACCUUGAAUUUCGCUUUCGUAAGAACCAUCUACUUACAUUUCACUAUAGGUCUUUAGUGCUACUUUAUUUAGAAAAAUGUACAAGGGAUUUUUCAAACUUUUCUAGUAUUUCCUUAAGGACUCUGUCGAUUUUAUUUUUCAAGUGUAAUAACUGUUUUCUUACUCACUCAAUUCUCGGAAGUAGGUCACUAAUGGGUGUAAGGAUCUACUUCAGUACGUUUGUGCUCUAUGGCAAGGUCUGAUUCUGAGUUAAACCUAGUGGGAAAGACAUAUGUAAAUUAAGGUCCUGCUUUUUUGUCUCAAAUUAUUUGAUAAAAUCUAUUUAAACAUUUAGGGAACUUACAUUUCCUGUUUUCCUUUACUUUGGCAUUUCUGUACAUAGAAUUUAUUAAAAAUUUCUUAGUAGUAUAUCCAAAAUCCGUUAAUGUUUUGAAUGUUUUCAUUUUAAUACUUAGUUCAUAUGUCCAGUUGACUUUAUAAUGAUGGUUGGGGAGUAUUCACUAAUAUUUCUCAUUAAUUUUUGCAACCGUUACAACAAAAAAAUUAUGCUCGACUUUAAGUGAAUAUAUAUCUGAAUCACAAACGCAGUUUUGUGUUUACUUUUCUAAUUCGGGGUACUAAGUGUGUAUAUUUCAGUAAGAAUUAUUGUUUCAUUCAUGAAAUCAUAAAUAAUAUGGCCAUAUUCAAAUAUGAACAAAGUUUAUUUAAAGAAACAAUCAUCAAUCAUAACUUAUCACAUUUAGAUCAGUAAAUAUUACUUAUUAACUAAAGUAGUCCUUAGUUCAUCAUGUCAUUACUUUAGACAAUUUGCUUAUUACCUGCCUUGUUUUCACGAUCACAACACAUACAACAUAUGUACUUGCUCUUCAUGUAUGUCUAGAUCGAAUAACCUAUGCAACUUUAACAAGAAAUAUUCUUUGUGUGUACGUUUUCUAAGACAUUUUUUUACCACAGUUUACUUUUCAACAGACCAAUCAGAUAAUUUGACCUUCGACAAACUAGAGCUUUCCUAUUGGUUAUAGGUAGUUCUUUAAUUUAUAACCAGUAAUAAUCACAUCAUUAUGAAUAGUGCGUAGGUGGGUGACAAUCUAUAAAGGUCGUAAGCGGAGAAUCUAUAUGAAGAAUUAUCGACCCUAUUAAAAUCAAUUUUCAACCAGUGGUUUAGGUCACAUAGUCUUUAAGGUCUUUUUUCUCACCUAUUGAGUAUUAAACUGCAUCCAUUUAUUCAAGAGCUAGUCUGUUUCUUCUGUAUCGACACAACUUUGUAUAUAGAGCAUUUUUUCUUGGGAGAGAACCGUGAUUUUAGCCAGUGCAGCAACAAUAAAGUGUUUGUUAACUGAUAAGUUUAAAAUUUCCUGCUUACGGUUAAAAACUAUUACGGUCAAAUUGGUAUCUAUGCUCUCAUUCAUGCAUUUUAGCUAUUGGCGAGAAUAUUGAGGAACGUUUAACCGAACAAGCAUCUGAAGCCAAGAAAAAACAACUCACUCAAUUUCGAGAGGCUCGGUCUGUUCAACGUCGAUUGUUAGCUGAAUUUCAAGAUAUUGAAACUGGCGACUUGCUUAAAUUUAAUCAGUUAAAGUUUCGUAAAAAGCAGCUCAUAUUCGCCAAAUCGCCUAUCCAUGCAUGGGGCCUGAUAGCUUUGGAACCGAUAGCUGCCGAAGAAAUGGUGAUUGAAUAUGUUGGUCAUGUGGUUCGUAAGGGUGUCGCUGAACUACGUGAACGUCAAUAUGAAGCCAAAGGAAUCGGUGGCUCUUAUCUUUUCCGAAUUGAUGAUGAGUUUGUAAUUGAUGCCACAAUGUGCGGCAACAAUGCUCGGUUUAUCAACCACAGUUGUCAGCCUAACUGCUAUGCCAAGAUAAUAAUGGUUGAAAGUAAGAAAAAAAUUGUUAUAUAUUCCAAAAGAGACAUUAAUGUUAUGGAAGAAAUUACGUAUGACUACAAAUUUCCUUAUGAAGAAGAUAAGAUACCAUGUCAAUGUGGAUCAUCAUCUUGCCGUGGAACGCUUAAUUAGGAGACCUACAUGUUCAGACAUUUUUUGGUGUCGAAAUCCGAACAGAUGUAUAUAGAUUUGUAAGUAAUUAUUGCUUUCUUCUCGAAAUCUUUGUGUUACAUGAGGAUUAGUUAUCAUUUCCUUACAUGUUUAUUUCUGUACAUACAUUCUUUUGUUAUUUUCUUAUGGUGUAUGAAUCUUGAUUGAACUAAUUUUUGAAAAUACCUUUCAUUCUUAAUUCCAACUAAAUAUUUGUACCAGAUUUGUUUACGAAAGAUCAUUUUUAUCCUCGAUACUUCAGACUACCCCGUGUAACUUUGUUCUCUUUAAUUAUUUCCUGUAAGCUUGUGCUUGUCUCUGGUACUGUGUAGAAUACGUCCUUUUCGAAUACGAUGGGUGGGGGAUAGUUUUAAAGAAGUCUUUUGCGAUUUCAAAAAGUAAAUAAUUACUUACAUCUAUCAACCCUCGUGGAGAAGCAUAGGCAUUGAGUAUCUUGUGUAGAUAAUUGUUUGCAAAUACCUGUAAUUUUUGAUGAUGAUUGAAGUAAUUCUCGAACUUUCAGCUCAGUACAGUAGGACUGUCUUAAUGUUCGUAUUGAAGAUUGUGACUUGAUAUUGGUUGAUAGUUAUUUUGAGGUCCAUAUGUUCUUGAACAGUAGGAAUCUUGUCUUUGUUUUACCAAUCCUCGCCUUUACGUCUGCAUCAGAUUCUUUAUGUUUAUCGAUGAUGCUGAAACAGAUGCGUGAAAUUGUCCAUCUCUUCCAGAGUUUCUCCAUCAAAUGUGGUUGGGUCGGUGUUCUCCGUGUUGUAUUUGAGGAUGUUGCUUUUUCCCAUGUAUAUGUUGAGGCCUAUUGAUGCAGAGGCUACUGCUACAUUGGUUGUCUUCAUCUGCAUUCGUCGGUGUGUAUGAGAUAGAAGAGCUAGGUGAUCUGCAAAGUCGGAAUCUUUUAGUUGCAUGCAAGCUGUCGAUUGUAUUCCAUGCUUCCCGUCACAUGUGGUCUUCAUAAUCCAGUCAACCACCAGAAGGAAGAGAAAGGGGAGAGUAAGCAGCCUUGUCUGACUCUGGUCCUUACUUGGAAUGCAUUUGUCAGCUGUCCUUCAUGCACGACUUUGCAGUGAGAUGUUGACUAUUUUCUCAGCUACCCACUCCAUAGUGUUGAAGAAGUUUCCAUAAUAUUUUCCUAUCCACAUUGUCAAAUGCUUUUUUCUAAUGAAGGAAGUUGAUGUAUAGUGACGAGUUCCAUUCAAUUGUCAGCCAGUAAGCUACAACGUAGGACCAGAUACGUUUAUGCGCCCGUCCAAGAUGCCACACCUCAUUAGCAUAACAAGAUGAACACCACAUUUUUGGAAUCAGUUAUGUCAAUAGUAUUAAUAUAUAAAAGAGGAAUCGCAUAUAAUGAUAGGGUUAUAAUUUCUCUUAUUACGACCCAGCUAUUCCUAUUAUUUAGUAUUCUUUGACACCAACUCACUCGACAAUUCUCCAAAUCAGAACACAGUUGAACAGGGACGAAAUUAUAUUUCAAAUAAUGAGGGUAAAUGGAAGUAGGAAACGCAAUAAAGAAACGUUAGUAUAUUUAUGGUUUUCAUGUGAGAAGUUUCUAGAGUCUUCUCCAAGUACCGACUAGCACUGAUUGGAUAAGUAAUUGCCAAUAGGCGUGCACCAACACGAUCUUUCACGGGACGUACUUUAAUUCAAUCUAUUUCUCCUAACAGACAUAACACAGGAAUAAAGAAUUAGUUCGUAAAAAUAUAUAUCUAGAGUGGUUCCAAGCUCAUGGUUUAAGACAAAGUUUAUACACUUACGCAACUGUGAUCGAUCCAGUCUCCUACCACUGGCCACGAUAGUCGCGCACAUCCUAAACAAGUAGUUUGCAUCUACCAACAUGGCUAAGACUAGAAAUUAGUGACUUCAAGCACAUGCCACGUUUUGUUUUGUAAUCAAAUGCUAGUAACUUACGAGUAUCUUCGGCCCUUAAUGGUCACGUUCCGCAGCCGUAAAUGAAAACAGGACGAACUGUCACGUUGUAUACUCGUCCCUUAAUUCAUAGACAGAUAUCUCACUUUCUCCAUAGGUGACGUAGGUUAGCAAAAGCCAAACGAGGUCUUAAUCCAUGCAGAAAUUUCGUCGGACAUAAACCCAAUUGGGCUGACCAGACUUGCAAGUUAUGUGAAGUUGUCGGCGCGUUCGAGUACUUUGCUCUGUAUCCUUAGUUCAGGUGUUGACGCAGACCAGUCCUGAAGCACCAACUUGUAUUUAGAGGGGAGAGAAACGCCUCCCAGAAGUUCUGGUAUUGUUGUACAGUGCUACCAAAAGACUGCAUUUUAUCAACGUCUUCACCAAACAUCUGAGUAUUCUCAGUCGAUAAAUGGACUUCCUGGUAGGAGAUCAAUUCCUAAAACAUGGGGCAACGGGAACGUUAUUUCCAGCAGUAGGCAUGUAGUGGCAUCGGACCCUAAACGCACAAUCUUCAAAGCUGAAUACGAGACAGCUGGGAAAAUGGA